GCUCCGCCUACCUACACCGUUUGUGGUGGACCACCGAAGUAUUUCCCUUAAAACAAGUCUCCUUUUAAAUAUUUAUAGUUAUUUUAAGCUUUUUAUACCAAUGCCCAAAUGGCUGAGUGUUGACGUCACUGCCUACGAAGCCCACCCCAAAAUUUUAUGUUCGUUCCAUUGCUCAGGAAGGAGCGGACACGUGGAUCCAUUAACUUUGAUCAAGCGGCGGAGACAUUGGCCUUACCGAGUAACAAGGAAUAUGGCUCACCUUCCAGAAGACAACCUGCGGUACAAAGAUGUCGACUACUGGGACGAAAGGUACAAGGUGGAAAAAUGCUACGAGUGGUUAGGCGGCUUCUCCAAAUUCCAGCAUGUUUUGGAAAAAUGCAUCAAGAAAGACGACUCCAUUCUAGUGCUUGGUUGUGGGAAUAGCGGUGUGAGCGGUGAAAUGUACGACGCCGGGUACCGCUCCAUCACCAACAUCGAUUACUCCUCGGUGUGCAUCAGCACCAUGAGCGCCAGGUAUGCCGACCGGCCGGGUAUGAGCUGGUGGCAGAUGGAUGUGCGCCAGCUCGCCUUCCCCGACGCCUCCUUUGACAUCGUUCUAGAGAAGGCCACGCUGGACGCCUUGAUGGUGGAGGAAAAAACCCCCUGGGAGGUGUCCCCUCAGACUGCCCGAUUCAUUCAUGAGGCCCUCACUGAGAUAAGUCGCUGCCUGAAGCCCGGAGGACUGUUCAUCUCUGUCACCUUCGCCCAGCCCUUCUUCAGGAAACGCCUCUAUGCUCGCAGCGAGUACGACUGGUCCAUCCAACAUUCCAGCUAUGGUGAUGGCUUUGAGUAUUUUGUGUAUGUAAUGACCAAAGGAGAGCCGCUUAGCUCAGAAGAUGCAGCUCUGGAAAAGAAUCUAUUAGAAAGUACUCACGCUUCACCUACGAAAAUCAUCACAGCACAGAACGAUGAUCAGGAAGACUUUCUGUCUAAUAUUGACUUAUAGGACGACCUGAUGACAUCCAUCCUGUGCUGUUUCUUAGGUUAGAAUUACAAAUGCAAAAUGCAAUGGAGAAAAUAGACUGAACCAUUAGCGAUAAUCAUUUCCGACAUGACCUCUCAUUUUCAAGGAAGUUUUAUUCAUCCUAAGUUACCAUGCAUACAGUGUAUUUCUAUCUUCAAUCCAUUCUUUAAGUUAACAUUUUAUAGACUGCAUGCUUUUAUAUGAUGAUGACUGAUUUUAUGAAACUUAAUCAUGUAUAUUUUUUGAAGCCACGACUCAAGAGCACUGUAGUAUUUCUGCAUUAAAAUGGCCAAACUUUUUCUUACUUUGUCCGAAAAUGCUCAGAACAAUACUGUAUACGUUUUUCUAUUUUUCCUUAUUUUUUUAACAUGUUUUUAACUCUUUCACUGCCAAAGACGUCUAUUGGCGUCUUUUCAAAAAGUAACGUUGACUGCCAAAGACGUCUAUUGACGUCUUUUGCUUUUUUUCGCGGGAUCUACAGAUCAAAGUCUUAUUCAACUUGUGUGUGAAUUUCUGACUUGUAGGCAAUGUAUUUCUGUCCCGGUAGGGGGCAACAGUUCUCUUUUCCUCCAACCAGCAGCGACAGAUUGUCUAUGAACAAGAUGGAUUGUGGGUUGGGAGAGGAAAAUGGUGAAACACAUGCAGAAAUUGAGCGGAGACAAAAAAUACAGGCAGCUAACAAUGUCACAGAGCUUGUCUGGCGGUGGAUCUGCCUUUAGUAGUGACGCGAUCACGAAAGAUAGAGGUGACAAGGGGGAUGUAGGUGACGUAGACACAAAUGCAGUUGACAAUGGCAGCCGAAGCAACAAGCUAGUGGUUAGUGUUGCUGAACCAUGUGGCGCAACACCGGAGCCUGACACCGGAAGCAGUUCAGAGUUGGGUGACUCAGAACCCGACCCUGAUUCUUCUGACGAGUGGCUGCCGUCUGGAUCGGUCAGCAGCAGGGAGCAGACCCCACCGUCACUCUGCUUGAAUGUGCUUCUCUGCAGAAAAAGCUUGUUUUCUCUGCUUUUUGGUCAAAAUCAGGUGUUUUUGCUGAAAGUACCCAAUGUUCUACCACCAAUAUCUAAAGACCCAAAAAGGCUAGAAACAAACUUUUUUUACUGAUGAAAGAAGAGUCUAAAGUUUCUUUAGAUAGUUUCAAUGUUUAUGUAGUCCUAAAACUCAAUAUUCUGUGGGUCCUGAAAGUUCAGCAAAAAUGCCCAAAAACUCUGGCAGCAUGGAGCUCUCUGCUCUGACCACGGCUGGCAGUCAAUAAAAAAAAGAUCAACUCGUGACAAUCAAAAACAGCUUUUUCACAGUUGCAUUAUUUUGGUAAACUAGCAUGUUACCCGCCAUUUUUGUAAACGGACGUUAUUUGUGGAGUAUUUCCUGGGACAAAUUAAAAUGCUCUAAAUAAAAGUUGAAUACACUUUAUUUUCGUUAACAUGUCUGAUUUUUGCCAUAUUUGUGGUCCUACACAGUGUUGUUAUGAUAUUUUCCUUACAGUGGAAACUUGGUUAGCGUCAUUAAUUUGUUCCAGACACGAACUGAAAUUAUCUGUUCAAGAAAG